GGUGGCAGCGGGCAUGGGCGACGGGGGCACGGAGGGCGACCGCGGCCCCGCGCGCCGUGCGGAGCCUGGAAGCCACUGUGGGCACCACCGGGACCACGGCGUAGCGGAGGACUUAUGUGCUGAUGGGGGUUGCCGAAGUCCAAGGGAGGUUGCCGGGACCUCGGCCUCCAGCCCCGCGGGCUUCAGGGAGAGCGGCGCGGACAGCGACGGGCAGCCUGGGCUUGGUGAGACCGACCACUGCCGCCGUAUCCUGGUACGAGAUGCCAAGGGGACCAUCCGGGAAAUUGUCCUGCCCAGGGGCCUGGACUUGGACCGCCCCAAGCGGACCCGUACAUCUUUCACUGCGGAGCAGCUGUACCGCCUGGAGAUGGAGUUUCAGCGCUGCCAAUAUGUGGUGGGCCGAGAGCGCUCGGAGCUGGCCCGCCAGCUGAACCUCACAGAGACCCAGGUGAAGGUCUGGUUCCAGAAUCGCCGCACCAAGCAGAAGAAGGACCAGAGCAGAGACCUGGAGAAACAGGCGCCUUCCUCAGCCUCUGAGGCAUUUGCCACCUCCAACAUUCUGCGGCUGCUGGAGCAAGGCCGGCUGCUGUCUGUGCCCAGAGUUCCCAGCCUCCUGACACUGACCCCUGGUCUGCUGGGCCUGCCUGCCAGCCACAGGGUCGAUUCCUUGGGUGACCCCAGGAACUCCUCCCCAUGUUUCAACCCGCUGUCCUUGGCCUCCGCAUCACCCGCUCUGCCAGCCAUCUGCUUUUCCACAGCCCCACUCCUGGACCUGCCUGCAGGCUAUGAGCUGGGCUCCUCGGCUUUAGAGCCCUACAGCCCGCUAGAACAACGGAAAGUAGACAGCCCUGGUGGAGAUGGCAAGAAAGCUAACACUUAAGACUCCUACCCCUGUGUGACCCUGAGUCCCCAGCACAGCACCACCCCAGUCUCCUGGCUCCAGUGGACUGCACAAGCAGGCCUGGAAGAGGAGGGCUGGCCACAGCAUACCCCUCACCACCUGCCCCCAAUUCAGAGACUGGAUCAAAUGGCCUUGGUCCCAAGACUCUAUCAUGUGAGUGCAGUGUGCGUGUGCAUCUCUCACUGAAAUAAAGAAGAAACUGGUCCCAGCAUCACCAACUCACUCCUUUCCGUUCCUAUCCUCACUUGCAGGAAAAUGGACUAUUGUGAAGGCCUGAGCUCUGCUCUGAACUCAACUCAGAGCUGGA